AAUGGCAACAUCGUUUGCCAGUAUGCGCAUAUAUAGGGAGCCAGAGGUCAGGAGUUUUUAUUUUACACAAUUUGAGUUGUUUUUGUUUAACUCAAACACAGCAGCGCCUCCUACCACCAGCCUUAGCAAGUUUUCUGGGUGAAACUGCACCCUUUCAUUAUUUCUUACCCAGAUAUUGUUCUCUCUUCAGAUAACUGGGCCUGAUGGUAAACAGAUUUACAAAGGAGACAGAGAGUCGAGUGGGAAAUACUCCGUGGCUGCACACAUGGACGGAACCUACAGGUUCUGCUUCAGCAACAAGAUGUCCACCAUGACGCCCAAGAUCGUCAUGUUCACCAUCGACAUCGGAGAGGCGCCGAAAGGCCAGGACAUGGAGACGGAAGGUGGUGACAGCUGGGAUGCUCAUCAAAACAAGCUGGAGGAGAUGAUCAACGAGCUCGCCGUCGCUAUGACGGCGGUGAAGCACGAGCAGGAGUACAUGGAGGUCCGUGAGAGGAUACACAGAGCGGUUAACGACAACACAAACAGCAGAGUGGUCCUGUGGUCCUUCUUCGAAGCCCUCGUUCUGGUGGCCAUGACACUCGGACAGAUUUACUACUUGAAGAGAUUUUUUGAAGUGCGACGAGUGGUGUAGUUCCCUCCAUCCAUCCAUCCAUCCU